AGUCUGCGAAUUUGUGUUCUGCAAGACUCGUGCAAAAACGUCAGUCGGUGUCGAUUUUUGUGAAUAUGGUGCUGGUGUAUUUAAUAGUGGCAAGUUUUCUGGUUUUGUACUGGUACUUUACAAGACACUUCAACCACUGGAAAAACAAAAAUGUACCAUUUCUAAAACCUUUACCUUUCUUUGGGAAUAUUAUCGAUGGAAUACUGAUGCGUCAAGCUUUUGGAGAAAUAUUUUCAACAUUAUACCAGAAAAGCAAAGAACCUGUGCUUGGACUUUUUAUCUUAGACAAACCAUGCUUACUUCUACGAGAUCCUGAAGUGAUUAAGAGGAUUUUAGUUACAGAUUUUCAACAUUUUUUUGACAGAAAUGUCAUGAAUAAUAAAAGGGAUGACCCUAUCGGAACCCACAUAUUAUUUUUUCUGAAAAAUCCGGACUGGAGAGAGAUGAGAGUCAAAAUCACUCCUGUCUUUACAUCAUCAAAAAUGAAAGCGAUGUCGAAAUUAAUAGAAAAUUCUUCCACUGAGUUAACAAAUUAUUUAAAUACACAAGUCGAAAGGAAAUCUGUUAUAGAAAUGAAAGAAGUGUGUUUGAAAUUUACCGUAAAUGUAAUUACUUCUACGGCAUUUGGUGUAGACUCCAAUUCUUUCAAAGAUGAUUCACGUUUCUGUGAGGAAGCUAAGAGAAUGUUUAAUUGGGACAACUUUUUGACUUCAUUUAGAAUAAGAUGUUACUUUCUGGCUCAUUCGUUGGUGAAAAUAUUUAGACUAAAAUUAUUUCAUCCUACUUCUAUAAAAUUUUUGGAAGAAAGUUUUUGGGAUAUUAUGCACACUCGCGUAAAUUCUAAAAGUCAUAGAAAUGAUUUAAUCGACAUCUUGCUUCAGUUGAAACAUGAUGAUAAAAAUUUCUUAGAUGGUGACUUAUUAACAUCUCAAGCUGUUGUUUUCUUUGCCGCUGGCUUUGAGACAAGUAGUUCAACAAUGGGAUUUGCACUUCAUGAACUAGCACUUCAUCCUGAGAUCCAGACAAAAUUACGGAAUGAAAUUACUGAAAUAUCAAAAGAACAUGGCGGCAUUAAUUAUGAUUCUUUAAAGAAAAUGCCGUACUUGGAGAUGUGCGUGAAAGAAACGUUAAGAAAAUAUCCUGUGUUGCCUGUACUAGAAAGAAAAAGCAACAGCCGGUACACUAUUCCUGAAACUAAUACUGUUAUUGAAAAAGAUACUGCUGUGUUUAUUUCGCUUUUGGGAUUACAAUAUGAUCCGAAAUAUUUUCCAAACCCAGAAGUAUUUGAUCCGGAACGUUUUUCUUCCGACAAUAAGCACUUAAUAGAAAAUUACAGUUAUUUACCAUUUGGAGAAGGUCCUCGGAAUUGUAUUGGUUCAAGGUUUGGAAUGAUGACAGUAACGUUUGGACUAGCUAACAUAAUCAAAAAUUUUGUCGUCGAGGCUACUUCAGAAACCAAACAAAAAAUCAAACUGAAUGCCAAUGGUCUGGUAUUGUCCUCUCAAAAUGGUAUUAGAUUAAAAGUGAGAAGAGUUUAAAUUUGAUAAAUUAAAUAUUUUUACAACUAGGUUUAUUUUUUGCUACAUAUAGGUACUUAUUGCAGUUAUCUUGAUUGAUUGUUAUCACUGAUAAAUAUAAACAAACAAGUGUAUCUACA